AAAGUGGGCAAAACUCAGCGGACAAUACUCAACAAUGUUAGCGGCAGUUUCCGUAGCGGUCAGAUUACGGCCCUAAUGGGCCCGUCCGGCGCCGGCAAGUCAUCGCUACUCGGCUGCAUAUGUGGCCUCAAAAGGACCGGAGUGUCCGGUGCUAUCACUAUAUCCACCAAACGAAAGGUAAAGUUUGCGUUCAUAGCUCAGGAUAACUACCUGAUGGAAAGGUUGUCAAUCAUGGAGUCACUGGUAUACGCCUCGAAAUUGAAAAAUAAAGUGAUGGCCGAUCACCAGAUGAUCGCCCGAAGUGUGCUCAAGAAGUUGAUGAUUGAAAAGUGCGGUCACAUCCGGCCCUCCCGGUGCUCAGGCGGGCAACAGAAGCGCAUAUCGAUAGCACUGGAACUGGUCUCCAGACCAAACAUAUUGAUACUGGACGAGCCGACCAGUGGCCUGGACUCAGUCACCACUUGGCAAUUGGUCCAGUUGUUGAUAGAGCUAACCCAACAGCCGGAACCCAUGGCCAUUGCCAUCACAAUACACCAGCCGAGCGCCAAACUCUUCAACCUAUUCAACACAAUAUACCUGUUGUCAUGUGAGGGACAGUGUAUUUACAACGGAUCGCCGCAAAAGAUGUUGGAUGUGUUCGCCGACCUGCUGGAGCUGACAGGCGGUAAAUUGUUGGGGAGUCUGAAACGAGACCUUCACCGCCGGUUACUCCUGUACCUUGAGGACGACUACCAGAUCAGGAUUAGAGCCAAUCGCCACACAUGGAGACCAAUAUUCCUGUUGACAAUCAGAUCAUUUGAGACAACUAUGAGAGACCCGUAUAUGUUGGGCAUAAAGUUGUCGGGAUAUAUGAUGUGCUCAGCGCUCAUAAGCCUGAUGUACGGCUCGGACAGCGGUAUACUGUCGUCGUGUGCGUCAGACUUUAGUAUAGGCGAUGGGAAGGACUUAUUCAAAAAGUUUGCCGAUAUAAUGGCCGAUCUCAUAGAGAACUGCUCCGGUAUACUAUUCGAAUACGGGAACGGCUACUAUACGCCAUUCGCGUACUACAUGUCCAAAGUGUUAAGUGACAUACCUUUCCAACUAUCAAUACCCGUGUACUACUGGACCGGACAGUAUUCAGAGCAGGCGUGGCGUAUAUACGGUUUUGCCGGUAUUUUCAUAUUGAUCUCAAUGAACGCCAGCGCUCAGGGCUUUCUCAUCAGCGCUAUUGUACCCGAAAAUCCAUUGGCGGCCGCUUUAAUAGGUUUAAUGAUACCAUUGGAAAGGAUGCCGUUUUACUUCCGGAGCUUUUCUUACGUAAACUUUCUCCGAUACUCAUCGGAAGUGACACUCAUUAACAUAUAUGGGUUCGGGAGGUGUGGACAGGGAUUGGCCGAUAUGAACGACACAACCGCUGCACUCAUGGACGCCAUUCCCACUGAGAAGAUGCUGGAGAUAUACUCAUCCGAUAAGAUCAAUGUCGACGCACUCAUGAAGACUAUGGACAAUGUGAUGGACGGAUUCACCGGCGAAGACCAUUCUACAAAAAACAGCUCUUCCAUCAAAUCCAUUACUAAUAAUGGGGAUCCCUUUCGAGUCCAGUGGCGGAACCUGACCUACACUGCGACCCAACACUCGGGCGUUAAAAAAGUAAUUCUCAAUGAAGUGAACGGCCAUUUCAUGAGCGGUCAGAUUACCGGUAUUAUGGGUCCGUCCGGUUGCGGCAAAUCUACAUUAUUGGGCUGUAUUGCCGGCAUUAACACCAAGGGCCUUUCCGGAUCUAUCACUAUUUCCACCGACAUCAGGGUAAAGUUUGCGUUUAUAGUGCAGGAAAACUAUAUCCUCCAGAGGCUGACAGUGAGAGAGUCGCUGACGUAUGCAUCGAAACUGAAGAACGAUCCGGUGUGCGAUCACACGGCUAUUGUGGCCGACGUUAUCAACAAACUAAACAUCCAGAGGUGUGCCGACAACCGGCCCGACAGGUGUUCGGGCGGACAAUUGAAACGAGUGCUCAUUGCUCUGGAACUGGUGUCCAGACCUAACAUCUUAAUACUGGACGAGCCCACCACUGGCCUCGACUCAGUCACUACAUGGCAACUGAUUAACACACUCAUUGAGCUGACCCAACAGCCGGAACCGGUAGCCGUUGUGCUGACUAUACAUCAGCCGUCGGCGCGACUCUUCAAUCUGUUUGACACAAUAUAUCUGCUCUCAGCCGACGGUCAGUGCAUUUACAACGGAUCGCCCGAAAGGAUGAGGUAUACGUUCAGUGAGUGCGGACUUAUUUGUCCCACAUUUACCAAUCCCUCGGACUUUGGUCUGGAAGUGGCGUCCAAAGAGCACGGCGUCGACCGACUCGUCACUCUCGCCCUAAUUGUCACCAAUGAAGCAAAACAAAUGCCCAGAAAUAAGUAUCGGAUUCGUAUUGAACGUGAUUUUGACACAAAGAGAUGUGUCUACUAUUUGACCAUAAGAUCCUUCCUGUCUAUGAUUAGGGACCCGUUUAUGCUUCCGAUGCGGUUCUUUGGCUAUAUUUUGGUCGCUUUUCUGAUCAGUCUAUUGUUUGGUAGGGAUAGCGGAGUGCUGUCCGGCUGUCCUCAAGAGCUCAACUUCAGAGAUAACGGGAAUAUCAUUGAAUACAUCAGAUCCCGAUCGGCAGAUCUCUUUGAAAACUGCUGCGGACUGGCCUUUAUCUGCCUGUUUGGGUGGUUUGGCGGCAUAUUUCCCGUACUAUUGAUAUUUCCAACUGAGCUCAAUGUUUAUCUUCAGGAAUACGGAAACGGAUAUUAUUCUUGUUUCUCAUACUUUGCAUCCAAAGUGUUAAGUGAUAUCCCAUUCACACUAUUGUUACCACACUUGGCUUCAGUCCCCGUAUAUCUAUGGACCGGACAAUACAUGGCCGACGUGUGGCGUCUUUAUAACUUUAUCUUUAUAUUUAUGUUAAUCACAUUCAACUCCACUGCACUCGGCUUUCUCAUCGGUGCCUCGCUAUCCAACCACCCUGGUGCAAUCGCAUUUAUCGGUAUGCUUUCCCUGGUGCCUCUCAUACUAUUAUCAGGAAUAUUGAUAAAACUGAAUGCAAUGCCGUUUGCUUUCCAAGCGCUAUCAUAUCUGAAUUACAUUAGGUUUGGUUUGGCAGCCGUUCUCAUCAAUAGCUACGGCUUUUAUCGGUGCGAAGCGGAGGUCGUGUCGGCCAACCAUACCAUCAACAUUAUGGCGGAGAUUCCGGCCGACAAACUGAUGGCCAUUUAUAGGGACCGCUCCUACGGGCACGUGUCACGAGAGGUCACGGCCAGGUGGAUUAGUUUAACUCAAGAUCUGUACCCGUUACGAACCAAUCACUUCAGGUCACGGCUAGGUGAAUUAGUUCGACUCAAGGUCACGGCCAGGUGGAUUAGUUUAACUCAAGAUCUGUACCCGUUACGAACCAAUCACUUCAGAUCACGGCUAGAUCUGUACCCGUUACGAACCAAUCACUUCAGGUCACUGCUAGAUCUGUACCCGUUACGAACCAAUCACUUCAGGUCACUGCUAGAUCUGUACUCGUUACUAACCAAUUACUUCAGGUCACGGCUAGGUGAAUUAGUUCGACUCAAGGUCACGGCCAGGUGGAUUAGUUUAACUCAAGAUCUGUACCCGUUACGAACCAAUCACUUCAGGUCACUGCUAGAUCUGUACCCGUUACGAACCAAUCACUUCAGGUCACUGCUAGAUCUGUACUCGUUACUAACCAAUUACUUCAGGUCACGGCUAGGUGAAUUAGUUCGACUCAAGGUCACGGCCAAAUGGAUUAGUUCUCUCCAAGGGGAACUUCUCGGUAAGGAAUACCUUCCCAUUAGGAACGGAUUUAUAGAGAUUAAGAUAAAACCUGCCCUCCCCAUAAGGAACAAAGAUAAUCAUAAGCACAUGAUAUGUAAAAAAAAAUACGAAGGUUUCAUUGAUAGCAAUAUCGACACAAAGACACCGAUCGCUAGACUCGAGAGGUUUUGCUUAAACUAUUUGAUACUUGUGUCCGGUUUUGACGACUAUCUGAACGGUGUGUUUACGUGGAGACGACGGCUGUUAGUACUCGCGGGUCGAGUCAUCCUAUUUAUGGUGAGUCUGAAGUAUAUGAUCACAACCAUAGCUCACACACAGGGUGUGAAGGCUAUGUUGUCGGACGCGACUUACAAUUUGGGAAAUCCGCUGAUAUUUUCAAUGUUAAUAUGUGACAAGUCGUUUGUAAUCGGAUUGAUCGGGCUCAUUGUUCAGAUAUACGAGUUUAACCAUAAUUAA